CUCUUGUCCGGACGUCACACCUUGCACCCACCUUGCUUCUUCUUCACACCCACACCCACAUCACAACACAUCCUUCUUCCAAACCCGCGAUAUCUAGCUGCCUGGCCAAUUCAUCCACGCCAGCUUCCCUUCUUCUUCUUCUUCUUCUUCUUCUCUCAUCCACCUCGCUUGCGCUCCGCUAUCGAAUCUCCGUCCAUCCUCAACAGUAACGCAAUCUACAACUCGCCAAAAUGGAGCUUUCCGACGCCUUGCGUCACUCGCAUCAGCCGCAUCGUCAACUUGGCCACCGCGACCAUCAUGGUCCUGGGCGGCAUUGCCCAAUUCUUCAACUUCAACUUCCAGGGUAUCAUUGUUGGCGCCUACGUGAUCAUCUUCGGUCUCUGCACUGCUCUGCUCGAGUUCCAAAUCCCUCCCCAAGUCUCCCGUUACGCUUCAUUCCUCUUCUCUUUCGUUGGCCGCGGUGUCUUCUACAUUUUCAUCGGCUCCAUCCUUCUCUCCGACGGUGUCUUCAAGAUCAUUGCCGGCUCUAUUGUCGGCCUUAUUGGCGUCGCCUACGUAGUCCUCGAGUUUGUUCCCCAGAUCGAGCCCCCAGCCAACAUGCGCGAGGCCGACGGCGGCUGGGGUGCGGAGCAGGUGUAA